GCCCCGGAAGCAGCCGUGGAGGUCGGAGCAGGCGGGCGGGACCGGCGCGGAUGUGGCGAGGCUGCUGAACCCAGGUUCCGCGGUAUGGCGGGGACGGCGCUGAAGAGGCUGAUGGCCGAGUAUAAGCAAUUAACCCUGAAUCCUCCAGAAGGAAUUGUGGCAGGCCCCAUGAAUGAAGAGAAUUUUUUUGAAUGGGAGGCAUUGAUCAUGGGCCCUGAAGACACUUGCUUUGAGUUUGGUGUUUUUCCUGCCAUCCUGAGUUUCCCACUUGACUACCCCUUGAGUCCUCCAAAGAUGAGAUUCACCUGCGAGAUGUUUCAUCCCAACAUCUAUCCUGACGGGAGAGUCUGCAUCUCCAUCUUGCAUGCCCCAGGCGACGAUCCCAUGGGCUAUGAGAGCAGUGCUGAGCGGUGGAGCCCUGUGCAGAGUGUAGAGAAGAUCCUGCUUUCCGUGGUGAGCAUGCUGGCAGAGCCCAACGACGAGAGUGGAGCAAAUGUAGAUGCUUCCAAGAUGUGGCGGGAUGACCGGGAGCAGUUCUACAAGAUCGCCAAGCAGAUCGUCCAGAAGUCUCUGGGGCUCUGAGGCCACACCGUGUGCACACUGAGCAGUCCAGCGCUGUCCUCCAGAACACUUGGCAACAGAGCUGCCAUGCCGACACCAACACAGGCCUCUGCAGAGCCACAGCACCUAUGGUUCCUUCCUUUCCACCCCAGCCAGGCAGCUCCCCUGAAAUCAUGACUGGAGUAAUGACAGCUGCUGUGCUCCAAAGGACUCCUCCUGCUGCGCCUCAGGGAGGGUCCAGGCUGUCCUCACUACCUCUCCCAGCCACGGGUCCUCAGCUCUGCUCCUUCCUGCAGUGCUGAGGACCUGCCCCUGACAUCCACCAGGGACUGGGUGUACCAGUGCUGCUCCUUCUGAGGACAUGGGGCCUUGGAGAAAGCAGUGUGGGCCUGUCGUCCCCGCCUCUCAGUUCCUAGGUGUCCCAGGAGGCAUUCUGAGCUUCUUUUGACACUUUGCACUUACAAGCCUAGGCUGCCUUUGGCAUGGUGACAGAGGCUUGCUGUGUGCAUCACAGAUGUCACCGUAGCCCCCUCCAGGGGGUGUUUGGUAAAUGGGUUCAUGAGAAGAGGGGACAUGGAUCACCAAGGCUGCUGCUCUUCCUGGUCACAUCCAUGUCUGAGUUACUGGUGCACAUUAGAGCAGGUGGGGACGCCAGGGCUUUAGCGUGGGUCUCGCCCGGGGGUUCUGUACGUACAUAUGUGGUCGCACCAAGGUUAGCUCUAGGAUCAAAUUGUUCUUCACUGUCAGGGUUGGAAGGGAAUCUGCCACUAGGUGCUCAGCAGAGGUGCCCACUUUGAACUGGACAGCUGGGAAGCGGCUGUGGUGCAGGCCGGGGGUGGAGGGUCUCAGACAGCAGGACCAUGCUGAGCAACAGUGCCCGAGCAGACCCCACAAGCAAUAACAGACCUUCAGUGUAAGCGGAUGCUUGGCCUUUUCUAACCAGGUUCCAUUUAAACAUGAGUUUCUAUUUUUAAAGUGCAGCUCAUCUGUGGGGGUGCAGCAGAUCUCGCUGCAUAGGAUCUGCUUUUCCUUGCUCACAUGUCAGCGGCCAGCGCUGUGCAUGUUUCAUGGUGUUAGUAGUUCCCAGCUCUGGGGCUCCAGCUGAGUACCUAUGGGGACCUCAUACUUUCCUUCUCCCAAGGGAGUCCGUUUCUGUUUGGAAUGCAGCAGAGUCUGGUGUUGGGAGGUGCAGGAGAAGGGAAUUGUACCGAAAUAGUAUUUGUAGGCCAUUGAGAUGAAGCCCUUUCUGAAAAGAAGUGGCCUGUGUGGGGACAUGAACACCUGCAGAGUGGUCCCAGGGCAUGUCACCACCCUCAGGCUUCCCUGGCAAGUGGGGGAAGACCGGCAGUCUCUUUACAAAACAAAAGUAUUUUUAUUCAUUUGUAUUUAUUAAACGAAAAAAGAAUCCUCUGGUGUCCCUCUUGUGUGGUGGACUUUAAUUGCUGUUAAAUAAAACUGUAUAUCCCAUGUCCA